UCCCCACGCCGCCAGGGAGAAUUCUAAGACAGACCAAGCAACCGAGGUUUUAUCAUGUCUCAAUCAUCAUUCAAGCAAUACUAUCUUCCUCAAAAAGCAGGCUUUGAUAGCCUCACUUUGUGUGAGGUCCCCAAAGUCUCUCCCAAAUAUGGUCAGAUAUUGGUCCAGAUCAAAGCUGUGUCACUCAAUUGGAGAGACGCGAUCAUCGCUAUGGGAACGUACCCAUUUCCAGGACCGGAUGCGCUUGUCCCAGGUAGCGACGGUGCCGGCGUCGUCGAAGCGGUAGGGGAAGGAGUAGCAGAAUGGAAGCCUGGCGACCGAGUCCUUGCCAAUUUUACCCAAGAUCACCUCGCUGGUCGACUCGAUAUGCGGACACUUUUGACGCAACUGGGGGGUGAGACACAGGGAUUGCUUGGCGAGUACUUUAUCUUCCCUAAGACCGGAGUAAUCCAUAUCCCGGACUAUCUCUCCUUCGAAGAAGCGUCCUGCCUUCCCUGUGCCGCCCUCACUGCCUGGAAUGCUUUAUACGGUCUAACACCGUUGCGAACCGGUCAGACCGUCCUUCUCCAAGGAACUGGCGGUGUCUCGACAUUUGCCUUGCAGAUUGCACAUGCAGCGGGCGCAACGACUAUCGUAACGUCCUCGUCCGACGCAAAAUUGAUUAAAGCGAAAGAACUCGGCGCAACGCAUACAAUUAAUUACCGCACAAACCCUGACUGGGCUGCCCAGGCCAAGCAGAUCACGAAUGGCCGAGGAGUCGACCAUAUCAUUGAGGUCGGAGGAACACUGACUCUCCAGGGAUCGUUCGAUGCUAUCGCGAUGCACGGAAUUAUCCAUUGCAUCGGACAUAUCACGAACCCGGAUCCAUUGGGUGCCGGCAAGGACCUCCGUGGACCGGAUGCUGCUUUCCUGGCACUGGAUCGUUUAUGUAUCGUCCGAGGAGUGGUUGUCGGCUCGAGAGAGCAGUUGCAGGAGAUGCUGGAAUGCUUCGAGGCAAGAUCAAUCCGGCCUGUCAUUGAUCGAAUCUUCAGCUUCGAGAAUGUUAGGGAAGCAUAUGAAUAUCUGUGGGAGUCGACGCAUACAGGAAAGGUGGUGAUCCGUGUGGAUUAG